AUGGGCCACUGUUUUCUGAUAAGAAUAGUGGAAGCAAUUACAAAUGUCAAAUUGAUUAAUUCUGAAAUUGAAACCACAAAUAAUAAUAAUUCUUUUGAAGAAACUGAGUCAAAUAAUAAUGUACAUAUACCUAUGAACAAAGAAAUUGAAGACACAAUAAAUUAUGGUGAAGUUAAGAAUACUACUUGCAAUACAAGAUUCUGGUUGAAAGUUCUGACAGAUGUUAGAACAAAAAUGGGAUACAAUUAUGACAUUAACAAAUCACCAUAUGCACCAACAUCAAUAAAAAUUGCUUUGCUGCUAUACAUAGGUAUUUAUGGGAAAAUUCAAAAAUUUAUCCUUUAUGAUGAAUGUAUUUUUCCAAGACUUCACAAACAUUUAGAUGGCAAAAUUAAAAAAAUACAAGAUUUAAGCAUAAACAAACAGAAAAAAUCUGACUCAUUCAAAUAUGAUGAAAUUUACCAAAUUUUAACACAUCCUGAGUUAAACAAAGACACACCAUUAUCCACCACUUACAAAACCUAUUUCUGGUUGUGUUUCUUGUGUGGUUUUUGUGGUGGAGAUGCUCAAAGAUUAAAAUUGGCAAAUAAACGCAUCAACGACCAGCUCAAGACACGCAUUCUAGAAAUUGUCGGACAUCCAGUUAACCUUUUUGAUCUCGACAAAAACGGCAAGCUUAUCCCUAUGCCACAAUCAUCCUAUUCCAGAGAAAAAGUUGUCGCUGAGAUUGUUGCACAACUUCGUGGUAAAACAAUCAGAGCGCCAGAUAUUGCUUAUGCACCCAAAGAAAUAGAUUGUCAAUUGGAUGCACAACAGAAUUGGAGUUUAAAGGUGAUCCUUUCACCCCUAUAUUUGUUAUCGAAGUCGGAAACAUUUCAAGUCAUUCAAAACCCAGAAAAUAAAGAGAUUCACAUAGAUAGAAGGGAUCGACGCCGUAUUAAUCAUGGAUGGAAAGAAGUUGAUAAUGUGGAUUUUUUACUAAUGUUUACUUUAGUAAUAUGGAAAAUAAAACAUGUAAUUUCACAGCGAGAAUCGAUAUCACCUGAACCAUCAUCAUUCUCUUGCAAUUCAUGUUCAGAAACCUUCACUGAUCCAUAUGUUAUGAUUACACAUGUUGAGGAUAAGCAUGCAUACAAACGAAGACAUUGA